AUGGUUCGUCUGUUCAACGCCAUCUGCCUUCUCGGCCUCGCUGCCACCGCCGCCGCGGGCCAGUAUACUCAGUACGACCAAGAGACACAGAUGAGGGAUGCCAAAUGCGGUAAUGAUUGCUUCUUCCAAUUCUUUACCAAUAAGUGCAAUGCCGACAACCCGGCAUGCGGGUGUACUCUGCACGACAUGCGCCAGAACUAUUUCUGCUGCCUGGCAAAGAAUUGCGCGCCCCACGUCCUGCCUGACUCCAUCGAGCGCUCGUCUGCUAAUUGCAUCGCGUAUAAGCUCCCCUUUGGCCCCUUCGAUGCUGAGGCCAUCUGUGGAAUCAAGCUGCCAGCAUCGACUACGAGUGUGCCCCCCGCCCCGAAAUCUACAUCUUCCCCUGGUUCAACACCUGCUGCCAGUUCAUCUGAUUCAACACCUUCUGCCAGUUCAUCCUCGAGCGCCGUGGGAUCAUCGACAGCCGCACCAGCCUCGACGAUGGCAACAUCUUCCAACGCUCCAGCAUCAGCCACAACUGGAGGAUCCUCGGUGAACGCGACGACAUCGGCGGGCGCGGCUGGCACAACCGUCCCCGUGAAGGCAGGCGGCUCGCGCACAACUCUUCAGAGUGUUCCUGUGGUCUUGGGUCUGGGAGCGUUGGUCGCUGCGCUGAUGUAA